AUGAAACAAGUACCUCUGGCUUUCUGUUUGAUGUCAAAAAGACGCAAAAUUGACUAUAAGAAGACAGCCUACCGAAAUGACGACAUAGUGCAUACAUUGAUCAGGCAGGCCCUGGCAUUGAAUUUUCUGCCGGCGGAGCACAUCAGACCUGCCUUAAAGAAACUCCAAGAAAGAGUUACCUGUGCACCAGCGUUGGUCGAACUCCUAGAAUACAUAGAGCGGACCUGGUUGAAUAACGAUACCUGGACACCUCCAACAUGGAGCGUUUUCAAACAGGCAAUCCGAACCAACAACGAUGUGGAAGGAUGGCAUAGAAGGCUCAAUGUAAAGGCAGUGGAAUCAAAGCCAUCCAUGUACAUCUUGAUCAAGAUGCUACAUAAAGAAGCAUCUCUUGUGCCAAUACAGUGUAAAAUGGUUUCUGAGGGAAAACUGAGAAGGCGUUGCCGAAAGAAGACUGGCACACUACAGGCGAAGUUGUUCAUUUUGUGGGAUAAAUAUGAAGCAGGGGAAUUGACAGUGAGCCGCCUCAUGAAAGAAUGUGCCAAACUUUAUGGACUUUAGAUGCAAUGAACUUAAGUGCCAAUAUAAUGUUCUGGAAAUUAUAAAUAUUUAUUUUGUUACAAUAUAUUGAAUAUAGUUAAUGUAGAGAAGUAUGCAGUUUGUUAUCCGUCGAACAUAUUUACACAUGUACGUGUUUGUAUUAAUUAAUUCAAUAAAAAAAAUCACUGCAGCUUAUAAUGAAAGAAAUAAAAUGAGUUAUUAAACAU